AUGGCCUCCUACAAGAGCCUCGAUGGCUCAGCGUCUUCGCCUGAUACCCGUGCGCGCCUCGCGAAUCUCUACGCCGUUGUCAAGUCGCGGUGCCUGCGUGUCCCCCGUUUGGCGUCUCAACUUCUGAUCGCCGCGGCUCUGCUCCUCACCCUCGUCUGCCUCGUGCCCUCGCAAACCAAGCAGUCGUUCCUUGGCGCCGACUUUUCCAACUACUGGAAAUGGCCAUAUUCCUCAACCGCGCCGAGCUCCCCUAUUUACAACAUCAGCUCUGGAGGGCCCGUUCGCAUGGUCGUUUUUGGCACUCCCGAUGUUGCAUCACCCUCCAAGUCCAAGGGCAAAAGCGGCCCUAGCUGGACAGAGGCCCUUUGCGCUGAGCUGCGUUGUUCAUCACACGAAUCCUUCGUGCCUGCUCUUGACCUGCCCACCCAAGUAUUAACCUCCAACAGCCUCUAUAAGCCCACCUUGCAGAAGCUGCUGGUUCCAGUUGCGGACCAGACCAACUUGGGGGUCGACUAUCGUCAUGUCGGAAAGCAGUACCCACUGGCCAGCACUGCCGAUAUCGCGCACCAAGUCAGCCAAUUUCUCAAGGGUCCAAAGCAAACCGACCCGCCCAAAGAGACUAUAUGGGUCUUUAGCUUCGGCACGUGGGACAUCUGGACCUUGGCAGCCUUGCCUCGCGAAGUGUCCCAGGGCUUGGUACGAAAUAUGGUCGAGCAUCUCUUCAGUCAGAUCGAGCUUCUCUACAAGGCGUCCUUGUCGGUGGACUCCCCUGCCUACUCAGACUUUUGGGCCUAUACCAAUGCAUCCCUUCUGGAGAGCUUGAAUAGCAACCCUUCGGCUGAUACCAUCGAGUCUUUCCGUAUCGUCAUUCCCGAACUCUUCGAUUUAUCAUUGACUCCGGGCUGGCACACCCAACGCCCCACACCUCCCGUUCCACACAGCAAGGCGGAGCAUAUGCGGCCUACGGACGCCCAAGGCAAGCCGUAUUUCGGAUUCUGGAGUCCGACUGGAAAGGCCCCCGGCAAAGGUGGAGCCAGCGACAAUACUCUCCUCGUACCUUAUCCCCGCCGCGCCGGACUUCUUACAAACACGACGAGUUUUGUCAAGGAGGUUAUCAUCGAGUCGCAGUUGCGGGCAAGCAGGCUAGGAGAUGGGCUUGGAAGAGGAAAGCGGGAAGAUAAAGCGUUGAUUCGGUUCGACGAAGUGUGGACACCGUGCAUCUGGGACGGAGCAGCCUCCAAUCCCUGCAAGCAUUCUGACAAGCACCUCUUCUACUCUCCUUUUACCCUAGGAGAAAGGGCGAUCCGGGAGGCAGCGCGACAGACGGCUGAGGCAGUAGCAAUGCGGUUGUUUGCCAAAGAAGGCGAAUAUGACACGGCGGCCUCUGGGUGGAGGGUAGAGGGCACCGCCAAGAUGAGACGAGCAGCUAUGGACCCCGUGUCAGCUAUAUGUGUUGCCUCCGCCGUCCUUAACUUCGUCGACUUCAGCAUCAAAAUCGUCCGCGGAUCAAUCCAGAUAUGCGGCGAUGCCAACCGUGACAAUGACUGGCAGACGCCAGGAGACGUGGCCAAGAAGAUGACCAUGCUCGCCCGAAAUCUGCGGCAGCCGUCAGGCUUCGGCGCCACGCCGGACGAAGGGGAGAUUGCCGAGCUCGCCGCGACUUGCAUGACGAUGGCGGAGCGGCUCGCUGCGCUCUUCCAGUCUCUGCAGCCCAAGGACGCCAGGUCGAAGCGACAGUGUCUUUGGGCCGCGGCCAAGGCGAAGCUCAAGCAGGCAGACGUCUAG